ACUCCCUCUACCAAUACCAGACCAUCUGCUUAAACAUCAGCCUCCUCAGGAGACCAGACACCACGCCUCACUGGCACCCAGGAAGCCAUCCUUGGCAGCAUCAACAUGUCUCGGCCCAGCAGCAGAGCCAUUUACUUGCACCGGAAGGAGUAUUCCCAGAACCUGACAUCAGAACCUACGCUCCUGCAGCACAGGGUGGAGCAUUUGAUGACAUGUAAGCUGGGAACACAGAGAGUUCAGGAACCCAAGGAUGCCCUGCAAAAGCUUCAGGAAAUGGAUUCACAGGGCCGAGUGUGGAGCCAAGACCUGAUCCUGCAGGUCAGAGAUGGCUGGAUCCAGCUGUUGGACAUUGAGACCAAGGAGGAGCUGGACUCUUACCGUCUGGAUAACAUCAAGGUCAUGGAUGUGGCACUCAACACCUGUUCCUACAACUCCGUCUUGUCCAUCACUGUUCAGGAGUCUGGUCUGCCAAGCACCAGCACUUUGCUUUUCCAGUGCCAGGAAGUGGGGGCAGAACAGCUGAGGACCAGCCUGCAGAGGGCCCUGGAGGAGGAGCUGGAACAAAGCAGACCUCAAUUUGGAGGACCUCAUCCAGGCCAGGCCAGAUGGAGGGGACCUUCUUUGGAAAGGCCACUCCCUAUACAACAGACACCUCCUCUGGAGCAGAGGUCCCUUCCAGAACAGCCCCACCAUAUGUUCUCAGAGCACAGCAUCCCCCUAUCCCCAAGGCCUCUUACACACUACCCCAGUGCCAGAGAGCCCAGUGCCUUUUCUCUGUCUCCUCCUCCAAGGCGGACCCCAUCUCCUGAGGACCCAGGGAGGGAUGAGGAGGUGCUGAAUCAUGUCCUAAGGGACAUUGAGCUGUUCUCGGUAAAACUGAAGGAAAACCAGGGAAAGGCAAACCGUAAGAAGAGGAAACUUAGGAAAAAAAAGAGCAAGUCUCAGAAGGGGAUAACACAGGAAGAGUACAUUGACUGCUACCAGAAGAUCAAAUUCAGCUUCAACCUACUGGGGAAGCUGGCUUUCAGGCUACAAGAGACGAGCGCCCCUGAGUUUGUGCAUCUUAUCUUCCAAACCCUGCAAUUCAUCCUAUCCCAGUGCCCUGAGGCUGGCCUUGCAAGCCAAGUGAUCUCACCCCUCCUCACUCCCAAAGCCGUUGACCUGUUGCAGUCCUGUCUAAGCCCACCUGAGAGUAACCUCUGGCAGUCACUGGGCAUGGCCUGGACCACCAGCCAGGUUGACUGGAUAGGCGAUGAGCCACCAAUCUACCAACCCAUGUUCUCUGAUGGCUGGCAGCUUCCAGAGCUCUCCUCCAUGCAACGCUUAGAACGUCAGGAUUCUCUCUCCCUCCGAAAUUCUGGGUUGAGGAGCAGUUUUCACUUUGCUGAGGAUGAGACACACAACCAUAGCCCUCGGCAUGGGAAUUCUGACUGCGGGCCCCCCAGCCCCAGACCUGUCAAGCCAGUCCUGAAGAUGCAAGUCCUGUAUGAAUUUGAAGCGAGGAACCCCCAGGAACUGACUGUGGUCCAGGGAGAAGUGCUAGAGGUUCUGGACCAGAGCAAGCGAUGGUGGCUGGUGAAGAAUGCGGCAGGACAGACUGGCUACAUCCCCAGCAAUAUCCUAGAACCUCUGCAGAUGGGAACCCCUGGAAGCCACAGCCAGUCUUCCUUUAGGGCUCCAAUGCUUCGACUUAGCUCAAAGCCUGAGGAGGUCACUGCCUGGCUGCAAGCAGAGAACUUCUCCACUGUCACUGUAAGGACUCUUGGGUCCCUGGUGGGGAGCCAGCUACUUCGCAUGAGACCUGGGGAGCUUCAGAUGCUGUGUCCACAAGAGGCCCCACGAAUCCAAGCCCGGCUGGAGGCUGUCAGAAGAAUGCUGGGGAUAAGCCCUUAACACCAGCUCCAACAUCUUCAAGACCAAGGACCUCUUAUAUGCAAGACGGAUUAUUUGGUACCCCCUUAGAGCCCUCUAAAGUCCUCUUUCAGCAUCCUAGUUUGUGAUUAACCAAAUACCCCUGAUCACACAGCAAAGAGGAUAAAAAACCCUAGACACUGAGGCAAAUGGUACCCCUCUUGCUGGGUUGGAAGCCCUCUCCAGUUGCUACCUAUUUAUUUCACUCCUCUCCCUAAGCUUGGCAUAUUUAUAACUAGGCUUUCCAAGAGUCUCUUCAGUCCCUCUCCUAUCCAAUAAAAAGCAUCUUUA